AUGAAUUACUCAGGGUCUUUGUCCUCAGCAUUUGAGCAGAGGGGCCAUGUGACCUUUGAGGAUGUGGCUGUGUACUUCUCCCAGGAGGAGUGGGGGCUCCUUGACGAGGCUCAGAGACAUCUGUACCGCACCGUGAUGCUGCAGAACUUGGCACUGAUGGCCUCCCUGGCCCAGGCAGUCCCUGCCGUAGUCCGCCGGAGGGAACUAGAACCUAGAGGAGCAGGAGAAGACACGUGUGCUCCGCCCGGGAGCGGGCCUGAGGUUCGGUGUGAGCACGGCUGCGGGGAGCCGCUUUCGGGGCCUCCUGCCGGUCUCCGCCAUUAUCGCGCGUCCCUGGCCCGGUUGAACCCGCAGAUUACUAUGGUGACGGCCAGGCUGAAGUACCCGGCCCAGGGCCAUGUGACCUUUGAGGAUGUGGCUGUGUACUUCUCCCAGGAGGAGUGGGGGCUCCUUGACGAGGCUCAGAGACAUCUGUACCGCACCGUGAUGCUGGAGAACUUGGCACUGAUGGCCUCCCUGGGAAGGGGGAUUAAUGGAAUCCUGGGCCUGCACCAGAAGCAGAACUGUGGAGAGAAGGACCUUGGAAGGGAGGAGAACGGGGCUUUGUUUGUGAAGAGCAAAAUCCUCAUGUCAGACAAUAUUUUCACCUGUGGAGAGGUUGAGGAUUAUUCCCUGGGCAGCAUGGGCCUUCUCCAGCACCAGGCCAUCCCCAGCGAAGAGUAUCCACACAGAGGCAGAGGGAGCAGGGCAGUUUCUCACACUGUGCGACGGCAGCACAGCACACGUGGGCAAGCCUGCCGCAAAAAAGUUAAAUUUAUGGAGCAGCAGAGUGCUUACACUGGAGAAAGCCUUCAUAAGUGCAGUCAAUGUGAAAAAUCCUUCGUCUCCAAAAAAAGACUUCUUGAGCACCAGAGAAUCCACACUGGAGGAAAGCCUCAUGAGUGUAGCAAAUGUGGGAAGUUCUUUAAGUACAAAUCUAGUCUUAAUCAACACUGGAAAGUUCACACUGGAGAAAGGCCUCAUAAGUGCAGUGACUGCGGGAAGUCCUUCAUCUAUAAAAGCAGACUUCUUGAGCACCAGAGAAUCCAUACUAGAGAAAGGCCUUAUAAGUGCAAUGACUGCGGGAAGUCUUUCAUCUAUAAAAAGAGACUUCUUGAGCACCAGAGAAUCCACACUGGAGAAAGGCCUUAUAAAUGCAGCGAAUGUGAAAAGUCCUUCUUCUACAAAAGAAUACUCCUUGAGCACCAGAGAAUCCAUACUGGAGAAAAGCCUUAUGAGUGUAAUGAAUGUGGGAAGUUCUUGAGACACAAAUCUAGCCUUAAUCAUCACUGGAAAGUUCACACUGGAGAAAGGCCUCAUAAGUGCAGUGAAUGUGGGAAGUCCUUCAUCCAUAAAAAGAGACUUCUUGAACACCAGAGAAUCCACACUGGAGAAAGACUUUAUAAAUGCAGCGCAUGUGAAAAGUCCUUUGUCUACAAAAGCAGACUUCUUGAGCAUCAGAGAAUUCACACUGGAGAAAAGCCUUAUGAGUGCAGCCAAUGUGGGAAGUUCUUCAGACACAGCUCCACCCUCCUUAAACACCAGAAAGUUCACACCGGAGAAGGCCGAAGAACCUUUGAGUAUAAUGAAUGUGGGAAAGCCUUCAGCCUCAAGGAUAGACUUGUUCAGCACCACAAAGUCCACACUGGAGAAAAGGCUUUGUGCAGCAAAUGUGGGAAGUAUUUCAGUGGAAGAUACUGCUUUAUCAGGCACCAGAAAGUUCACAGUAGAGAAAGUCCUUAG